AUGGCGAAGAGUCAUGCUUUGAACAAUAAUUUGGGCGUGGACUAUGUUGUUGUGUAUCGCUUUGCUACGGCUGACAAGGCCAAGGCAACGGCACGCUUCGAAGACCUCAUCCGCCGUCUAGCAUCCGUAGGCCUCGCAUCCGAAGUCCGCAAUGGCGACAACCACUCCCUCCUCAUCUUCAUCCGCGUGACAAGCGAGCAGCACAUGUUUGGCGAAGUCUACCGCUCAAGAGUCAAAGACUGGAUCCAUGGUGCACGAUCCGCCGAGCCGUCGCGUGAGGUUCGACAGACGUUGGAGCAGGAUCCCAUGUCAGAGGCAGAACGGCUACGCAUCAUAUACCAACUCAUUACAAACCCUGAAUCGGAAGGAGGUGCGGGCAUCACACCGAAGAAGGGCGAGUGGGAGAAUGUGGAGUCCGUGUUUGCAUUACAUGAUCAUGUCUACAACAAAGAGUGGAUCAAGAAAUGGUCGACGCAAUGGCUGCUCAAACCAGAAGAUCUGGACGAGAUACGGAAUCGGAUGGGAGAGAAGAUCGCCUACUACUUUGCCUUCACCCAAGCAUACUUCACCUUCCUACUCUUCCCAGCCGGCUUCGGACUCUUCGCGUGGGCUUUCUUGGGCUACUAUAGCAGCAUCUACGCCAUCGUCUGCUCACUGUGGUGUAUCGUCUUUACCGAGUACUGGAAGCAUCAGGAAUUCGACCUGGCACUUCGGUGGAGCGUACGUGGUGUGAGUGCUAUUGAAAGCAAGCGACAUGAGUUCAAGCCUACGAAACAUGUGCAGGACACCUCGACGGGCGAGACGAUGGGCACGUUUCCAUCGCAAGACCGACUUCAGCGUCAAUUGUUGCAAAUACCGUUCGCCGCGGCGGCUGCAGUUCUGCUCGGAUCGCUCAUUAUAAUGUGUUUCGGUAUCGAGGUCUUCAUCUCAGAAGUCUACGAUGGGCCGCUCAAAUCUGUGCUGGUAUUCCUGCCUACUGUUAUUCUUACGACCUGCAUGCCACUGCUUAGCGGCAUGCUCACGAACUUUGCUACACAACUCAACGACUUCGAGAACUACGAAACACACUCACAAUACGAACGAGCACUGACAGCCAAGAUCUUCGUCCUCAACUUCAUCACUUCUUACCUACCUGUCUUCCUAACGGCAUUCGUCUACGUGCCCUUUGGCAGCGUCAUCGUACCUUACUUGGAUAUCUUCAGCUUAGCCGUCAAGCCCUUCGCUGAGAACGAGAAGCAAAUGACAGCACCGUCCGCGAGCCAGUUCAACAUCAAUCCCGGUCGACUACGCAAACAAAUCAUUUACUUCACUGUCACUGCUCAAAUCGUCGGACUAGGCAUGGAGGUCAUAGUCCCUUACCUUAAGAGGCAAGGCUUCAUCAAGAUCAAGCAGAUGCAGAGCCAGCGUGCUCAGCGCAAUGGCGGUAUUGUACCGUCAGCCGCAGCAGACGAUGCACCAGAGGAGAAGGAAUUCCUUGCUCGUGUUCGUGGAGAGGCGGAACUGGACGUCUACGACGUUACCGCCGAUCUGCGAGAGAUGGUCGUCCAGUACGGAUACCUCACGCUCUUCAGCGUGAUCUGGCCAUUAGUGCCGGUCAGUUUCCUCAUCAACAACUGGGUCGAGCUGAGGACGGAUGCUGUAAAGAUUUGUGUUGAGAUGCAGCGGCCUACACCAUGGCGAGCGGACUCGAUCGGUCCUUGGCUUGAUGCUCUGAGCUUCUUGACUUGGUUGGGGAGUAUCACGAUGAGUGCGCUUGUCUACCUCUUCAGCAACGACGGUCUCGGACCGGACGGCAGUCCACAAUCAAUCAAAGCCUGGGGACUCCUCCUCUCCAUCUUCUUCAGCGAACACAUCUACCUCCUCACACGCCAGGGUGUCGCCUUGGCGAUCUCAAAGAUUGACUCGCCUGGUCGACAAAAGGCCCGUAGGGAACGGUACCUCACGCGCCAAAAGCUCUUCGAGGAAUCGCUCGAUCAGACACAUAAGCUACCUACUUUGUCUGAAGUUGGCGAGAAGCCUUCACGCACCAGCCUGGAGGAGGAGGCACGACAGGGGAGUCUCAAGACAGCUUCUCCUGAAGAGAGAUUUUGGGCUAGGCAACAGGGGUGGCGGGAGAGUGCUCAGAUUGGAAGGGGAUAUAUUGAGAGGGCUGUGCCGGAUGAGAAGGAGAUGGCGAAGGAGAAGAAGGAGUUGUGA